GCGGCGGCGGCGCCCGGGCGCGGCGCGGCCGCGGGAGCGGGGGCGGGUUUAUGGCGGCGGCUCUGUCCGCACUCGCUGCCAGGCUCUCCCAGUCGGCCGCGGCCAGAUCCUACGGCGUGUUCUGCAAGGGGCUCACCAGGACCCUCCUCAUCUUCUUCGACCUGGCCUGGAAGCUCCGCAUUAACUUCCCCUACCUCUACAUCGUCGCCUCCAUGAUGCUCAACGUGCGGCUGCAGGUCCAUAUUGAGAUCCAUUGACUUGUGACUUGGUGUGCUGCUUCUGCUGUAUGCUGCAACUAGAGUCAGUCACUCUUCAUCAAAUCCAGCCUGUUGUGAAGCAUCAAAGCUGUGCUCGUGUGCUCUAGGACUAUGAAGAAAGAAGAUUUUACCCAGAAACGAGUAUGUGACAAUGGCCCAGAUCAUCACAAGCCAGCAGCUCAUCUGACACACGUGCAUUCCAUGUUGGACAGUUCUCAAAAUCAUAGUAGCAGUUUACAAGAAUUACAUAACACCAGGAAUUUUUCUCUCUUUAAUACUAUACCUCUAUCUUCUGUUGGCAAGGAAAUGCCUCUGAGCUUCAGUGAAUCAGCAGGGACGAACUCAAGUGCAGCUGCUCCUUGGAAGGAUUCAUUUCAUCUGCAUUUUUCUUCUGGGAAAGACAAUCUCGAUAGGGUUUCUCACUGCAUUGGUGGCAUUUCAGUAACAGGCUGGCUGGAAGAAGCUUGUAGCAUCUCUGGAGACUUCAGCUCAGGCUGCCCAGGAGACAACUUUGUAUGUUUUGCACAAUUCUGGCUGGGAAAUUCGCAGUAUAAUAAAAACCUGUGGUUUCUGGAAUUAGAAAUGAGCAGUAGCAAAGAGAAUGAAUUGCAGUUUGUGUUUUUUAAAGCACUGGAGCUUGGUGCACUUCCUGAUUCCUGUUCUAAUCCAGUUGCCUCUCUGAACAACUCUGCUAUGGGACUCUCAAACAACCAGAAACCAUGUUUUUUCCUUUGUUGCUUAAACCUUGUAUCUUCAGAGCAAACACUUGGAUAUGAGCAAAUGCUUAUGAAUAUAGACUAUGUGACUAAUAAUUUUCACAUCAUACAGCUAGUAACCUCUGUGCUAGCUUUUGCACUAGCAGGUCUCUGGUAUGCAGUAGGGAAGGUGAAAAAGUACUGAGAUUUUAAUAAAGACUAUUUUUAAUAUUAGCAGAAAAUAAGAGAGACAAGGUUACAGUUCAGGUUUUAGUGAGAAUUAGCUGAAGUAAAAACUAUAGUUGUAUAAUUGCUAGUUAAAGUGGCUGAUGGAAGAUAAUUUUUGUAAGGAAUAGCUGCAUCUGAGUGUAAAGAACAUCAUCUUCAGACUCUGGGACUUCUGCAGGUCUGCUGUUAACACUAAACUAGAACCCAAUUUGAUUAGCACAGAUCCUUUGUUUUCUAUAGAGUUUGUAUUAGUGGAGUGUUCUGGCUACUACUAUUUAUACCCAUUUCCAAUGAAAUUUGUUUCUUGUAGAAUUCAAUUCCUGCUCUGAACCAACAGCAGCUGAUGUAUCAGUCCUUAAAACACUUUGAACUGGAAAGCUGUUGGGAGGGUGGUCUUCAAUACAGCAUAAUUGUCAGCAAUGUUCUUUCCAAGGAUGGUACUGCUCUAAUUUAACAAUACCUUGUGAGCUUUAUUGUGCUACAAUAGACACUGUAAACAACUUUCAAAACAAUUCUUUUUCCUUGAAAGAAUGAUUGUUAUUGCUGAGGUACAGUAACAGCUUCUGGACCUGUUGACUCUGGCUUUGGGACAGGUUUGCCAAAGAACAGGGCAAUAAUGCUGGAAUCUAUAGAGCUGCUGGUGAAUAGAAUUUUGAGGAAUAGGCUCCUGGUGGCACUUCGGUGGAGAAACUCAUCCUGCAGGUCAAACUUUGAACUUGAUGUCCAAAAUCCUCAGCCAGGGGUGUUGCUGUUGAUCGGCUUAAUGUGCUCUAAAGGCUCACAUAAAGAGGGAGGUAUUGGUGUGUGGGGUAGGAUGCAUUUUCAGCUUUCCCUUGACUCUGACUUAAAAGUGAGGACUUAAUGUGGAGUAAAGUGGUUCACACACUAGGUAUCCCUGCCAGUGGUUCACACACUAGGUAUCCUUUUGCCAGCUGGUCUUGCUUCAUCUUGGAAAGAGAGGAAGUGAUGUUGUACUUAGUUUGAACUGAGCUGAGCUGGAAAGCCAGUAGUUUCCAGUGUGGUGGUUGUUGAACUGUUAGCACCACAUGUAUAGAGAAAUCCUUGAUUAUGAAGAUAAGAUGCUGAUUAUCAGUCUUAGGGAGAGAAGUGUUUAAAUUUUUAAAUCUUAUUUGAGUGCUGAAAAUGAGAUAUGUUACUUUUUGUGUUAAGUGAUACAUUGUGUUUUCAUUAUCCCCAUUGGCUGAUUGUUUCUUUUGGAUACUAAAGAGAUGAAAAGCCCCUUACUUUCAUUUAGAAAAUAACUUUUUCCUGGUGUGCAUUUAAAUGAUUGCUUAACUUGUAGACUUUUGACCAUGCAAUCACCUGUCACAAAGUGACUGAAAGUCCCAAAAUAGUACUGGAUUAUGUAUCAUAAGUAAUUACUCUGACAGCAGCAGUUCCCUCUCAGUCAAGCCAUCCACUCUCAUCUCCACUGCUGUAAUUUAUCAGCCUUGCAGUGAGUGGUAUUAACACAGGUUAACACGUGGUGUUGCAGAGGUUCAAGAUUCCUGAAGUGAUGUGGAUCUGACAUCCCAGAACACCAGAAACAAACAUUCCUCCAAAUGUCUGUGGCUUGGAGUCACGGUGUUAAGCUGCUGUCUGCCUGUAUCUUGACCCAAAAAGCACUUGGCAGAGUUGAGGGUAGAGGAAUGAAGGCUGGGAGGGGUUGGAGCCUGUUUAAGGCAGCUUGAUUCCUAAAGACAACGUUGUGCAACUCCAUAUUAAUCUCUAUGCAGCUGCACAGGUACAGCCAUACCCUCCCUGUAUGGUGAGCCUUACCUUCAGAUGUGCACACAGUCCUGCACCCAAAACUUGAGUGCUUGGACUUCCUGUACAAAGGAUCCAUUGGCACAGCUGUACCUGCAGUUGUUACUUGAGACCUUGUUUGUACAGCUGACUGCUUUGCUCUGGAACAUUCUCUGCUGUGUGUCAUUUGGGAACUACGUGUUUUGGGAACCGCAGUUCUGUACAAGAACUUGUAGGUGAGAUUGUCAGGUUAAUAGGCAAGAGGAGUAGCUAAAGGCAUAAAACCACAGUUUUUAAUGCACCUUUUUCUCAUGGUGAUUUCAAAGGGGAGGAAAUGAAACAUGAGAGACACUACCAAUAAACUAGAAUUGAAAUGUGUGUACAGCAGAGUGCCAAGGGUUUUCUCCUUAUGAAUGAUGAGCCUAUGGAGGAGGAGAUCUUGGAAUAUUGAAUUGUGUUACAUAUCACAGUCUAGCUAAUACAGUCCUGUUUUAAGCAAAGACUUGUCUGAAUGUGUGGCCUUUCAUUACUUACUACAGGAUCACUUUAAAUACAGCUAAGUGAAAUGAUGGAUGUUUGUUGUGUAUUAUAUGUAUAUUGACCAUAAGAUACAAAGAAUACUUAAAUAAGUGGAUUUAAUCCAUUUUAAGAUAGAUUAUGUACCUUGCCUUGAAUUUUAUUGCUUAAAACCUAAAAGGUAAUUUUAACUUGAACAUUCCUUCUGAAAUUCAAAUAAAGCAUAGUUUGGUAUGUUAAAAUCUCAUGUAAUAGUCUGCACUUUAAGCCUGGGGAGGCCAUGGAUUGAAAGCGCUGUUCUUGCACUAACAGAACUGCCUGCCCUGACUGAGGCAAUGUUUCAAUGGCUUUUCCUGUCUGGAGGGAGAAUAAGGAACCUGAAGGAUGGCAUCCAUCCUUUGAAACUAUAGAUAAAUCUAACACUAUGUGGUUUAGGCCACUGUUCUCUUCCUACAGAUGUUCUGAUAUUAACUCAUCUCAAAAGAUGGAAGGUGUCUUGGCCAAGAACCAGUUUGUGUGGAGUUUCAUGGCUUCACUAUGUCCAAUGUGGAAAACUUUCCUGAGUUUAUGUGCUGUUAGGACUGUCCCAGAUGAUUAUUACAGUACAGAAAAAUAAUAUUCUUAGUAGGGGUAAGGGACCUUUAUACUCAACCAAGAGUUGCCUUCAUAUUUCUGUAUUUUUGUCUCUCAUCCUUCUCUAGGAAGAGAUUAUUUCUAAGCAAAAUGUCAGGGUUCUACUAAACAACUUGUGCUAUCUGAAAUGUCAUUGAUUAGUGUCCAGAUCCUUCCUGCACUACAUAGCAAAGUUUUAUUUCUGCCAUUAGAAAAGAAAUAAGAAAAUACUCAAUAUUAAGAGAAUUUCCUACUAGUUACGCGUGAGUGAAAAUUUACUAUGUGGUGUACUGCUAUGAAAAGAAAAUAUACUUUUAAAUGUAUGCGCAGAGCUCUGCAUGUAGAUAAAAAGUGUUUUACCACAGUAUGAUGUUGGGAUGCUUAUGCAAAUGCUUAUUUACUUUCUGACAUUGCAGUGCAAAAUGCAGUAGAGAUGGUGGUGUUACUUCUCCAUGUGGUUUUUAGCCAGUGCAAUCUCAGCUAUCGUGUCUGCAUCAUCCUGCACAGGGGACAGUUCCAGCUGUAGACAUUUUUUAGCCUUUUGCUUUUUCAGUGUUUGGUUUGGUUUUGCUGUUGUUUGAGGUUUGGUGGUUUGUUGUUUGUUUGUGGUUUAUUUCUCUUUUUUUUUUUUUUAAGUUAUCAUUAGGACUGUAAUGACAGCACUUUCUUGAACUUCGCCAAAGUUUUCUUCCUUUCUCCUUCUCUCCACCUUUGCCCCUUAUAGGUAUACACAUUUCAAUUUUGGAAGAA